AAAAGACGUGGGGAGAUUGCAGGUCACUGCAUUCAUAAUCCUGAGGUUUGUACGCUGACAUCAAGAAGUUAUGGCUCGAUCUUCAUUUCUCGUUCUCAUGCUGGCUCUGGCCGGCGCUAAUGCCGCUAUUUUCUCCGCGUGCUCCCGUGCCCUGGGCCCGACCAUGAGUGAAGGCUUGGAGUUCCAGAAGGCGCAGUUGUCCUGUUACAUGAAGGAGAUUCAAGACCAAGCCACCACUACUUUUGUCAACAUGUUCCUUCCCAAGCCUCUGCAACUCAACCCAGACGGUGGCUUCUUCGGAGACAUGCCCUCGGGCUUCGAGGGCACUUCCCUCUGGGAGACGCUGAAGGAUCCCUCGCAGUUCUUUGAGAACAUGAACGUUAUUCCCGAUGCCAAGGAUCUUCGCAAAUGUGUUGCUGAUAAACUUGGAUUGAUUGGCUUUUCUUUCUUGGGAUUCUCAACCUUUGACGACCAAAAACUCCGGGAUCAAAUUUUGGCAAAGGUUAAAGGCACCGAUCUCGAGGCCAACGUCAAGAAAGGAAUCAGCAACUGCGGCAAAGUUUCGGACUUCAAGGUGUCCGAGUACAUGGACUGCAUCACAAGCUACUGCGAGACUGGGGAGGCUCCUCACUAAAAAAUAAUUAAUUGAGUCAAAAUGAUUGUGAUGACUCAUUGUUGAAAUCCAAAUAGAAAUGCAAAAAUAAA